ACCAACUGAUAUUGCAGAAGUAUUUUGUGGAAGACUACCGGGUUGUGUUUUGCCAGACACUAUAUUUUCAGUACUUCAAGAAGCACCAGUGUAAGUGUCUUGAACAACAACUGAUAUUGCAGAAGUAUUUUGUGGAAGACUACCGGGUUGUGUUUUGCCUGACACUAUAAUUUCAGUACUUCAAGAAGCACCAGUGUGUCUUGAACAACAACUGAUAUUGCAGAAGUAUUUUGUGGAAGACUACCGGGUUGUGUCUUGCCAGACACUAUAUUUUCAGUACUUCAAGAAGCACCAGUGUAAGUGUCUUGAACAACAACUGAUAUUGCAGAAGUAUUUUGUGGAAGACUACCAGGUUGUAUCUUGCCUGACACUAUCUUCAGUACUUCAAGAAAGGCAACAGCUGUUCUUGUAAAUUUUUAACUAGCUAUUACUAAUUAAAUAAUUAUGCUUUUGCAUGGCAGUUAAUUCUUUGAGGGUCUGUUUUCUAGUUCUACGACUUUAAAGUCAGGGUCUAAGCUGUAGUACUACAUCAUAAACUCAUCUUACUCAAAUAAGCUGUGAGCAGUAAAUUUGGGCCUAUAUAUGAGAGAAUGCAUCUAUGUGGUAAGUGUGCACCAUGUAAAACAAAUCCUGCUGCACACGGUGCAUAAUGAGAAAAAAAAACUGUGACUGUGUUUUUAGAUUAAAACAGCAAAUUUUCAGUGUAUUUUCAUAUGUUUUUUUAGUAGCAUUCACUGUUUCUUGGUGUCAUUUGAUAGAAUAGAAGAUGUAUUACAGAAAUUAUUUUGAUGGAUUUUAAUACUGAAAAUAGCUUGAAAUUGAGUUCAGAAUAGUAGAAAUGUUCUAUUUUUGCCUAUGUUAGUGGGUAAACAAAUCACAUCACGUGUCCAAUACACAUCAGCUGGUGGGUCUGAAGUGUAUUGCGGAAUGCGCUGAUAUUAUUUAUACAAUUAUUACAAUAUUGUAUAAAAAUCUUUUAUUUUUUGGUGUGAUUAAAAAAUCAAAAUGAAAUUCAUCUGUAAAGCCUGGGAAUGUUACUAAUAAAUAGAAAAAAUGUUAGUUUAGUGCCAGGAAUGCCUGCAUAGAUUAUUCUGGGCCCUAUUUUGAAAUUGGAAUAUUUUGAACUUUGUGUGAAAUGGGCCAAAUUACCAAUUUCCAAUCACUUUAUUGGGAAGUUGAAAUAGUUGAUCUGGGCAAUUUUAUGUGCUCAGUAGAUAAAAUGGAACACAUACUAGAAAAUAGCUAAGAAUUUGGUCUAGUGGAAUAAUUUAAUUGGUCAAAAACAGGAUUCAAAAUGGGAAAAAUUGCCAAUGCAUAAAUAUCUCUGACACAGUAAAAUUUGCAGGAGCACAACUUUGUCAGUUCUUUAUCAAAUUUUGUACUUUUUAUUUUAUUACCUUCAGAAAAAGAUUCUCUACAAUUUCAUAAGAAAAAAAAUAAUAUUUUUUAGAUCCUGUGGGGAAUUUUCAGAUUUGGGGUCUGAACCCUCAAAUGGUUAAUAAAAGAAUACAAGUUAGCAAUUUCGUAAUUAAAAUUUUUUAGAAAAAUCUGUUUAAACACAAGAGCAAAUAAUAAUAAUAAUAAUAAUAAUAAUAAUAAUAAUAAUAAUAAUAAUGUUGAGUGUAUCUGCAAAUUUCUAGUACAUAUAUUAAUCUUUUAACGCAAAAUAAAAAUUAUGAUAGUGUUUUAACACAAUGUAAACUUUAUUAGUGUUCAUAAGUAGGAAAAGUUUUGCCUAAAUAAUUCUUAACAUGGGAAUAUGUUCAUAAGGAAGACCAGAUGUUUAGUGUCCAAAAUAGUUAAAAAUCUUGAAAUAGACAUGUGAGUACAUAAGGAAGAUUAACUGUACCACUGUUGUAUGACUAAAAAUUUUUAAAUGAAAUAGCUUCAUUUAAAAAAAUAUGGAAAAACGUAAAGAACAUAAACCAUAUCAAUGUUCUGAGUGUCUGAAAUGUUUUAGUGUAAAAAGAUAUCUUGUCAAACAUACGAGAGUACAUACAGGAUAUAAACCAUAUCAGUGUUCAGAGUGUCUGAAAUGUUUUAGUAUAAAAAGCAGUCUUGUGUCACAUAUGAGAGUACAUACAGGAGAUAAACCAUAUCAGUGUUCAGAGUGUCUGAAAGGUUUUAGUAUAAAAAGCAGUCUUGUGACACAUAUGAAAGUACAUACAGGAGAUAAGCCAUAUCAAUGUUCUAAGUGUCAGAAAUGUUUUAGUCAAAAAGGCAGUCUUGUGACACAUAUGAGAGUACAUACAGGAGAUAAACCAUAUCAGUGUUCUGAGUGUCUGAAAUGUUUUAGUGUAAAAUGCAAUCUUGUGUUACAUAUGAGAGUACAUACAGGAGAUAAACCAUAUCAAUGUUCUGAGUGUCUGAAAUGUUUUAGUGAAAAAAGUUAUCUUGUGAAACAUACAAGAGUACAUACAGGAGAUAAACCAUAUCACUGUUCAGAGUGUCUGAAAUGUUUUAGUAUAAAACGCAGUCUUGUGUUACAUAUGAGAGUACAUACAGGAGAUAAACCAUAUCAGUGUUCAGAGUGUCUGAAAUGUUUUAGUAUAAAAAGCAGUCUUGUGUUACAUAUGAGAGUACAUACAGGAGAUAAACCAUAUCAGUGUUCAAAGUGUCUGAAAUGUUUUAGUAUAAAAAGAAAUCUUACGACACAUAAUAGAGUGCAUACAAGAGAUAAGCCAAAUCAAUGUUCUGAGUGUCUGAAAUGUUUUAGUGAAAAAAAUGAUCUUGUGACACAUAUGAGAGUGCAUACAGGAGAUAAACCAUAUCAAUGUUCUGAGUGUCUGAAAUGUUUUAGUCAAAAAUGCAAUCUUGUGACACAUACGAGAGUACAUACAGGAGAUAAACCAUAUCAAUGUUCUGAGUCAAAAAGGCAGUCUUGUGAAACAUACGAGAGUACAUACAAGAGAUAAACCAUAUCAAUGUUCCGAGUGUCUGAAGUGUUUUAGUCAAAAAAGCAGUCUUGUGACACAUACGAGAGUACAUACAAGAGAUAAACCAUAUCAAUGUUCUGAGUGUUUGAAAUGUUUUAGUAAAAAAAGCAGUCUUGUGACACAUACACGAGUACAUUCAGGAGAUAAAACACAUUAGUGUUUAAUGCUUCAAAAAUAUUUUAGUUAUAAACUCAUCAGAAUAUAUAAAAUGGAUAUACCCUAACAGUGUUGAGAGUGAAAUAUGUUAAUGAAAUGUCAGUCAUAUGAAUCUUAUAAGUUCAUAGAGGAGAUAAGUUAUAUUAAUGUUCAGAAUAUCUUAUAUAUUUUAUAAAAAGAGCAGUCUUGUGUAUUCAGAAGAGCUAAUAUAGAGUAUAAACAAUAUAUAUAGAAAAUACUGUGAGGUCAAGACUGUAAUCUGCUUACUGCAGUAAUCAAGAAUUCUGCAGUGAAAUAUUCAGUGAACAACACUGGAGUUUACCUGGAGAGAGUUCCGGGGCUCAACGCCCCCGCGGCACGGUCUGUGACCAGGCAUCCUGGUGGAUCAGAGCCUGAUCAACCAGGCUGUUACUGCUGGCUGCACACAAUCCAACAUAUGAGCCACAGCCUGGCUUGUCAGGUACCGACUUUAGGUGCUUGUCCAGUGCCAGCUUGAAGACUGCCAGGGGUCUAUUGGUAAUCCCCCUUAUGUAUGCUGGGAGGCAGUUGAGCAGUCUCGGGCCCCUGACACUUAUUGUAUCAUCUCUUAACAUGCUAGUGACACCCCUGCUUUUCAUUGGGGGGAUGUUGCAUUGUCCGCCAAGUCUUUUGCUUUUGUUGUGAGUGAUUUUCGUGUGCAAGUUCGGUACUAGUCCCUCUAGGAUUUUCCAGGUGUAUAUAAUCAUGUAUCUCUCCCACCUGCAUUCCAGGGAAUACAGGUUCAGGAACUUCAAGCGCUCCCAGUAAUUGAGUUUUUUUAUCUCCAUUAUGCAUGCCAUGAAGGUUCUCUGUACAUUUUCUAGGUCAGCAAUUUCACCUGCCUUGAAAGGUGCUGUUAGUGUGCAGCAAUAUUCCAGCCUAGAUAGAACAAGUGACCUGAAGAGUGUCAUCAUGGGCUUGGCCUCCCUAGUUUUGAAGGUUCUCAUUAUCCAUCCUGUCAUUUUUCUAGCAGAUGCGAUUGAUACAAUGUUAUGGUCCUUGGAGGUGAGAUCCUUCGACAUGAUCACUCCCAGGUCUUUGACGUUGGUGUUUCACUCUAUUUUGUGGCCAGAAUUUGUUUUGUACUCUGAUGAAGAUUUAAUUUCCUUGUGUUUACCAUAUCUGAGUAAUUGAAAUUUCUCAUUGUUGAACUUCAUAUUGUUUUCUGCAGCCCAUUGAAAGAUUUGGUUGAUGUCUGCCUGGAGCCUUGCAGUGUCUGCAAUGGAAGACACUGUCAUGCAGAGUCGGGUGUCAUCUGCAAAGGAAGAACGGUGCUGUGGCUGACAUCCUUGUCUAUGUCAGAAAUGAGGAUGGGAAACAAGAUGGAAGUGAGUACUGUGCCUUGUGGAACAGAGCUUUUCACCGUAGCCACCUCAGACUUUACUCUGUUGACUACUCUUUGUGUUCUGUUUGUGAGGAAAUUAUAGAUCCAUCUACCAACUUUUCCUGUUAUUCCUAUAGCAUGCAUUUUGUGUGCUAUUACGCCAUGGUCACACUUGUCGAAGGCUUUUGCAAAGUCUGUAUAUAUUACAACUGCAUUCUUUUUGUCUUCUAGUGCAUCUAGAACCUUGUAGUGAUUCAAUAGUUCAGACAGACAGGAGCGACCUGUUCUAAACCCAUGUUGCUGUGGGUUGUGUAAUUGAUGGUUUCUAGAUGGAUGGUGAUCUUGCUUCUUAGGACCCUUUCAAAGAUUUUUCUGAGAUGGGAUGUUAGUGCUAUCGGUCUGUAGUUCUUUGCUAUUGCUUUACUGCCCCCUUUGUGGAGUGGGGCUAUGUCUGUUGUUUUUAGUAACUGUUGGAUGACCCCAGUGUCCAUGCUCCCUCUCCAUAGGAUGGUAAAAGCUCGUGAUAGGGGCUUCUUGCAGUUCUUGAUGAACACGGAGUUCCAUGAGUCUGGCCCUGGGGCAGAGUGCAUCGGCAUGUCAUUUAUUGCCUGUUCGAAGUCAUUUGGCAUCAGGAUAACAUCAGAUAGGCUUGUGUUAACCAAAUUCUGUGGCUCUCUAAUAAAAAAUUCAUUUUGAUCUUCGACUCAGUCAGGUAAGUGAAAUAUUCUGCAAGGGAUUGGUAGCUUUAAGAGAAGCCAAUAAAUGAACAGUACUAAGCUACUUACGACAGCUCAGUGUCCUGCAUCUGCCACUGGAACAUUCUAUGGAGCUGUUAGGUAAGACACAUAUGCAACAGUUAGGUAUUUCAAAAUGUUUUGCCUACACAAUAGGCUUCUUCAGUCGAGUACAGAAAGGUUGAUAGAAGCAGAAGAGACUUGAAGACGAUGUAAUUGGUCCAUCACCCUUCAGUUUUGAGGUGGUCAGUCCCUCAGUCUGGAGAAGAGUAUUGUUCUAUAGUCUGAAACAAUAUGGAGUUGAAGUGACAGUAUAGAGCCUUAUAUACUGCCAGGAGGUGAGAUGAAGGCCACUAGUAGAGGGUUGAAUGUGGUCGUUGGGAGGUCACAUCCCUCUCAUAUCCAGCCAUUCAUUUUGAUCUUCGACUCAGUCAGGUAAGUGAAAUAUUCUGCAAGGGAUUGGUAGCUUUAAGAGAAGCCAGUCAAUGAACAGUACUAAGCUACUUGCGACAGCUCAGUGUCCUGCA